GUUUCAAAAUAAAAAGAAGAAAAAUUAAAAAAAAAGCUGUAACGUUAAGAAUACUCUUUUCUCCUUUAAAUAGAAAGCGAAUGAUCACUAUUAAUUGCAUAAUAUUUCAGCUAUGAAUCUCCAACGACAAUUUGAGGUAACCUUAAGAACACAGUAAAACCUAGAGCUUGAUUUUAUCCAAUAAAAGAAAAGAAAAAGAAGCCAUUAUCUUAUCGUACGAUCAGAAGCCAAUGUCGCAAUUCGACUGCAUACACGUGGACGGCCCAAAGCAGACCCAAAUUCUUGAUCUCUCUCUCACUCGAAAGGUGGGAGCAGAAUUUAUAGGCACAUUCAUCCUCAUAUUUGCUGCAACUGCUGCACCCAUCAUCAACCAAAAGUACAACGCUGCCAUAUCACUGAUCGGAAACGCCGCAUGCGCCGGCCUAGCAGCAAUGAUCGUAAUUAUCUCGACAAAACACAUCUCCGGCGGCCACCUCAACCCUUCGCUAACCAUCGCCUUGGCUGUCGUCCGCCACUUCCCUUGGGCCCGUGUCCCCGCCUACAUCGUCGCCCAGGUCUCUGCUUCCAUCUGUGCCUCCUUCGCUCUUAAAGGAGUUUUUCACCCUUUCAUGUCCGGCGGCGUUACCGUCCCCUCCGUUGGCACUGGCCAAGCCUUUGCUCUCGAAUUCCUCAUCACUUUCAAUCUCUUGUUUGUUGUCACUGCCAUUGCUACUGAUGCUCGAGCCGUUGGAGAGUUGGCCGGAAUUGCAGUCGGAGCUACGGUGGUGCUCAACAUUCUUAUCGCUGGGUCAUCCACUGGUGGUUCAAUGAACCCAGUGAGGACUUUAGGCCCUGCCGUGGCCGCCGGAAAUUACAGAGAACUUUGGUUGUACAUGGUGGCUCCUACACUUGGGGCAAUUGUCGGCGCCAAAACCUACACCCUCGUGAAGCAGAAAGACGAUGAAAUGGAUGUUCCAUCAGAGGUGAGCAACUUCCGUCGAUGAAAAUGGGUGGUCGAUGUAUUUGUAUUUAAAUGUUGUGUAUUAUGAUAAUUAGUUUUGAAAUGAUAGAUAUAUGUUAGACAGAAUGAAUUCAUCAUACAUUUAUGGGUUGAGUCUCACUUAACUUCAAUGCAUUUAAAUAUUAUGAUAUAACAAAGUCAUUUUAGUUCUCAAAAA